CACGAGGCUCCUUCGGACGCUACCCAUCAGCCCUGUGGUAGUCGGAUGCCCUAGGAAUACAUCGCUCACGGCCCUCUAGCCAUUCACGCUCACCCUAAAGAUGCUAGGAAGUACCUUCGGCAAUGCGCCAUGACCUCCGUGGACGCACCAACAGACUACAGCCUCCUCCGUCAACGACACACUUCGCUCCAUGACAUGAGCGCGCCAGACGGAGGGCUUCAGCACCCUCGCCAUGCAUCACGCAGCUGCUCGAGCUCCACUUCUUCGUCAGCGUCUACUGAUGGAGAAGGCUCAAGGCGCCGAGCUCGCUCUUCGCCUGGAUUGGCCCACAGGUUGAGCAAUGUCAUAGACUUGCGCGAGCCCAGCCGCAUCGUUGAAUGCUCACAGAUCGAGAGACAGCUUCGCUUCCAGCACCUGGUCCGACAAUACCUAUCCCAGAUCUUGUAUGGCUGCAAAAGCGCCUACUGUGACACCCCUACGUGCUUCUCCUGCAACAAACGCAACGCCUCCAAGCCGUACCGACCUCCUACACAGCUCACCGCCCGCACCUUGGCUCACUAUCUCGCUAGCCAGAACAACCCAAUUCGCGGGCUAUGUCCACAUGAGCUGAAAGUGCUGCCUAAUUCUGUGGAGAUCGAUGGGGCCAUUGGCACGGUUAUACGACGAGCGAGUAAUGGCGUCGAUCGAGAGUGCAGCGUAUACCCUGUAUUGAGGGAGUUGGCACAGCAUGGCGACACAGACAAGAGCGGUGCUACACAUGUGAAAGCAGCAAUCUCUGGAGAGAACCGCGCACAAGAUAUCCAGCAGAGCGUUGUGGACGCCGUCAACAGGCGGCACCAAACCAAAAUCGAUCCGAAGUCACUCGGGCAGAACUUAUACGACAGCGUUAGCAUGAUAUAUUCCUAUUCCAAGCAAAUACCCAGUCCAAUGUCCAUUUUUGCGUUACUGCGCUCUCCCGAAGACGUGCCACAACGUCAUACAGAAACAAGUCUUGGGGCCUCGUCCAAUGCAGCCUUCCAAACGGAAAUACAAACGAGCAUGUCAAGUGAAACAUCGCCGCUGCAUUCAAUCGCCCAACCUUCCACUCCUAGAGUGAAUAAUACUCCACGCAUCGUUCGUCAACAUUCACAGCAGAACCUCCGCGCUCAUACCAACCUACAAACAAAUCAGACUGUAUCUCAAGUCCUCAGCAAUGGUCAGCAGAUUCACAGAAUCCCAUAUCACCCGCCCAACGCAGCGAUUCAUAGCAAGAUGUGCGAACCUACCGAGUCGGCUACACUUGACGGCACAUCGGAAUCACCUAGGCUGUCAAUACGUAAGACUGGCAAGAAAAACUUUACAAUUGGCGGAGGGAGCCUGACUACGCUGGAUCAGACCAAGCCUCCAGCCGCACCGCAUGGUGCCGAGAAGCCGCAAAACCUUGGCCACCACACAGCUCCUGCCAUACCGGCCGCUUCAAACUUGAACUGCGACAUUCUCGAUGAGCUCAAAGAAGACGUGUAUUGUCAUCGCAAGGAUCAAUCGGCCGACUUUAACUUCGUCGUAGAUUAUGAUACCAAUCGUCGCUCUCGACCUACGAAGUCAUUUGUAAACCGAUCCUUGUUUUACACGCUAAGUGACCCGGAUACGCUGCUUGACUCCUUCCAUGAUAGCAACAAUGCCUUCAAAGACUCGCCGCUUCCGCAUCUUGAUUCCGCUCGUUUGUCCAAUUCCUUCAGGGACUGGAAUCAGCGAAAUGGAGCGCUCAUCUUUGAUAGCCUCUGGAUUGCCGUGGAAGCUUUGUUCACGCCACCCCCAGAAAUCGACGUGCAGAAGAGUCCACGACUGAGACCAUCUCGCAAGACCACAUCAACAGACAUUGGUUCGGGACAGUCUUCCGAUCAACGAAAAGGCACAACCUUCACACCUCGCUAUCUGAGCAACCGCGAAGCAGCCCAUAUUGUGAUGAUAUGCAUUCAUGCUCUGACCUCUUCAGUCUCUCCUGGCUGGACACAUACGUGGACGCAACUACGCAAGCUACGGUCUUGGGGUAUUAUUAUCCCAAAUGCAGCUUCAAAUGCCGAUGCUUUUGCACACCCAUAUCUAAAUCUCAUUGAUGAGCUAGAGUACGAGCCAGCCAUUCGCCUCGCUGAUCGUUUGCUCCGUGGCAUUGGAGCGCGCACCUGUUUCGAACACAUUCUUGCAAGUUUGAGCCAGAAGAAAAGACGCCGAGACGAUACAACGAACGCAUCGACUAGUGAUGCCCUUGUUGACAUUGUAGUCCAGCAUCUGAAAGUGGUCGAACGGGUUGCCCUCGUUGGCAAGCGCAGAAUGAGGUCGACUCCCGAUUCCAACGAAGAUCCGGGUUGGACAGUAACGGCUACCUUUAUGGAGUGGCUGAGAACGAUCAUCAUCAAGAAGUGGGAUAGCAAGGCCGAGAUCAACAAGUGGAGCAGCGUGGGAACGGCAGUGAUGCUACUCGACAAGCUCCAUGCGAACUGCAACCUCCUCAAUCUGCGCCCCAACAUGUUCGAGAUACCGUUCUUCAACGAGCGUCUCGACAUUGAAGUGGAACCCUUUAGAUUUGUAGACUGGGAGGAGCAGCCCAAUACAUUCCAUAUCUUCCAGUACUCGAACCUGUUUCCUGCGCAGCACUUGGUGGCAUAUUUCCGCACCAUCAACUUUACAAGUAUGGUGGCGCAGUAUGACCACGCCACGCGCAUCCAUCAAAUGCACCGGUCUCUCGACAUGUUCAUACGCGAACCGUAUUGGUGGUUGAUCAAGUCUCGUAUGAGGGUCACUCUCAGAGACUACCUCGUUUUGGACGUCAGUCGCGAGAAUCCGCUCAAAGACACACUGGACCAGUUGUGGGGUCAAGAGAAGAGGAUGCUCUUGAAGCCACUGAAGGUGAAGAUGGGUCAGCGCGAGGGCGAGGUUGGUCUAGAUCACGGCGGCGUGACGUACGAGUUCUUUCGUGUUGUGCUGAGUGAGGCGUUCAAGCCGGACAACGGCAUGUUCACUAUCGAUCCCCAAACACAUAUGACAUGGUUUCAGCCCCGCACUCUGGAACCAGACUGGAAGUUUGAAAUGCUCGGCAUCCUUUUCAGCCUCGCAGUUUACAACGGCAUCACACUGCCUGUAACAUUUCCUCUCGCUCUCUACCACUUUCUUCUGCCCCCAGACAGCCCAUUCCGAAAUCGAGAAGUCCAACCAGACUCUUUGGAGUUCAUCAAAGACGGAUGGCCUGGCUUAGCCAAGGCUUUUCAAGACCUUCUUGCGUGGAGUGACGGUGAUGUUGGAGAUGUCAUGAUGCGCGAAUAUGCAUUCAGCUAUGACGUCUUUGGGCAGAAGGUUGAUCAUGACAUGCGACGCAUAUUCGACCACCGCAAGCCUGGCCGACCAAACACCUCAACAGACAUUCCCCAAGAGGAGCUACCAAUGGUGACGAAUGAGAACCGAGAGCAAUUUGUGCGCGACUAUGUCGGACAUCUAACAUAUCUGUCCGUCGCGCCGCAACUCUGGGCUUUUUUCACAGGGUUCGUGACCUGUAUGAACCCGAAAAGUCUGCAUUUCUUCACACCAUCAACUCUGAGGAACCUCGUCGAGGGGUUCCAGCACAUUUCCAUACCAGACCUCAAACGCUGCACACGAUAUGAAGAUGGAUACUCAGCUACUCAUCGCACUAUCCUCGACUUCUGGGCUACUGUUGAGCAAUUCAAUCAAGAUGAUUGCAGACACCUGCUCGAGUUUGUCACGGCGAGCGAUCGCGUGCCGGUGACGGGAUACGACAGCAUCACCUUUCACAUUGAGAGGGUAGGUGGUCAGCCAGAAAGCUUGCCUACCAGCUCGACGUGUUUUGGCAAGUUGUAUUUGCCGGAGUAUCCGGACCGUGAGACGCUGAGCAAGAAGUUGAAGUUGGCUAUUCAGAACUCGCAGGGCUUUGGUGUGGUAUAGAAACUGUGUUGGAUACCAAUCACCGACGGGGCAUGAACAAGAAUAAGGAGAACAAUUUGUGUUCUGCGUGCGAAGAUUGUGUACUUGAGAAUUUAUACAAUUGAACAUUUCAAAAUGGCUUUUAAGCAUCAGCACAAGCUGAGCGCGGCUUUAGCCUAGGUCUUAGCUAAACGAUUUGUAUUUCCUACACACUAUCACGGACAGCAUUCUAUAGUUCAAGCUAAUAAGCAAGCCAUGACAAUGUUCCCC